AUGGAUCUGAUCAAAUCUGAGACCUCUACCGGUAGCUUAGAUGCCGGCGAUGGAUGGAAGACAGUGGUACACCGAAAGCAACGUCAGAAGAAAAAUUUGGCGAAGCUGGCGGCGGAAGGCGGCCUUGGGGACUAUAUUGUUCCGAUUGAAACCCUAGAUAAGGGCGAUGGGGUCUUCGGUGCACCUGUGGCUGCUUCCGGUGUGGAAGAUGAGUUGGAUGGUGCGGGAGCGGCGAUUAAUGAGAAUAUUGUUCCGAUCGAAACCGUAGCUAAGGGCGAUGCCGUCUUCGGUGCAUCGAUGGUUGAUUCCGGUGUGGAAGAUGAGUCGGACGGUGAGGAAGCGGCGAGGGAUGAGAAUCUGAAGGCGGAGGAAACUCAAGAGCCGCGAGUGACUUUGCUCGCAGCUGCGGCAAAGAUCGAUCCUUCAGAGCUUGCGAGAUUUCUCGGCAAAAUGUUGGAUGCUGCGUGGUAUCUUCCGACGUUACAGAUACUUAGAUUUUACCUUUUCAUCAAUGAAGAUCUUUCCAAAGUAUCAUUUCCAUGGGAACAAGUGUUCAAGGAGCCUACUUUCUCCACGCUGGUCGAUGUUCCAAUAUCUCACAUUCCUAAACGUGUCUACGAGGUAUCAGUCGAGUGGAUCAAAACACAGCCAAGUGAGACACUCGCUGAGUCUGCAGUGUGGGCGAGUGAUAUUAUUCUCACUGAUUGGGCAAAACAAUAUCCUAAUUCUAGAUUAACACCGGUGGGAGCAUUUGUUGCAUUAGCGAUGGUGUUGCGUGGUAAACCUGAUGCUUUGGCUUUCGUGGUGCCGAAGCUGACGAAGGACCCUAAUUAUCAAGAACAGGACAGGAUUCUGCUUAUACUUUGGAUGACGGCUCAGGCCGCCCAAGUUGAUUUAUAUGCUGGCUUGUAUUCUUGGGCGCAUUACUUGGUACCAGUAGCCGGUGAUAAGAGCGGCUGCAGGCGUGAGUUAGUGGAUCUCAUCCUGCAAUUGGUUGAGAACAUUGUGUCGAAUCCAAAGGCUCUAACCACACUUGUGAGUGGAGCUGUUAGGAAGGGACAGCGGCUGAUUCCACUUGCUUCAUUUGAGAUCUUGAUGCGGCUUACAUUCCCUGAUCCAUCCGCAAGAACAAAGGUAUGUGGUGGUAUUGGAAUCUAUAAAACAAAAGACUUGAUGCGUAUGUGGAUUCUGAUCACAAGCAUGGUCUCUGUAUGCGCACAUCUAUAUGCUAGUGUUGAUCUUCUUGAGAAGCUUGCAGACGAAUGGAAGGAUCAUUCCAUCAAAGUAUCAUCAUCACCGAGGGAUGCUCUCACUGUCAGUCACACUCUGCAGAUUUUCAGGCAAAAGAACCAAAUAGCCGCCAUCACUCAAGGAAGAGCCAAUUGUCCUCUACACAAUAUAGCUGACAAGUACUGCAAACAGAUCUUAGGGAGUCGCCGUGAAUAUUUAGUUGAUGUAGGCGGUGCUACUUAUCUUCUAGGCUGUGCUGUAGCCGCUGCUACUGCACUUGUUCGAUUCCUUUUCUAG